ACUAGUUACCCGAACUAGCAGAGUUCAGAGUUGAAGAUGUUUUUGAGUUUUCUAAACACCAUUCUAACCUGAAUCUGAACCAGAGGAUCAUUCAUUUUUUUAAAGACAUACAGUUUCCACAGAAAUAGAAAAAAAAAGAAAGUGAAAAUAAAGCGACAUUGACUCUUAUAAAUAAGAGAUUCGUUAGAGAAAUAGAAAUCCAAAUUUUGCUAAGAAUGGACGAGGAUGCGCGCACGCUCUAUUGUGGAAAUCUAAGUGAGAAGGUCACAGACGAUAUUCUCUAUGAAUUAUUCUUGCAAGGAGGUCCUGUACAAAAAGUAACCAUUCCCAAAGAUCGCGAUGGCAAGCAAAGAAGUUACGGUUUCAUCACGUACAAACACCUGAAUUCCGUGGAGUAUGCCUUGGGUCUAUUUGACGAUACAAUGCUGUACAAUCGUACUCUUAAAAUGAGACUGAGAAACAAUACGGAGCCCCAGCAGGCGGAACAGUUCUUAAAUCCUGUCCGCAAUAUGAAUCAUAUGUUGGAAUUGGGUCAGCAAAUGAUCCUAGGAAUUUAUCCGCCGCAGACUAGUAGCGGCAAUGCCAUGCUUGGUAUGAAUAUUUCGCAGGAUGCCCUGGCAUAUCCAAGACAGUUGGAUAUAAAUUCUGGCAACGACGACAGAAGAAGGAAUCAUCCUUAUCAGAGGAAUAGAGAUAGAAAACAAGAGAGAGACAGAGAUAGAAAUCAAGAAAGAGACAGAAAUCGGGAGAGAAAUAGAGAUAGAGAGAGGGAGAAGGAUAACGGAAGAAACAGAGAACGAAAUCAUAGUGAUCAUUAUAGAGAUGAAAGGGCAUAUUAUAAUAGAGAUAAUAAUUAUCGUUCCGGUGACCACUUUCGACAUAAUGAUAAUAGAAAAAGAUGGACUUAUCACUGAUAACAAUUAUUUAUUUACGAUUAGUCGUUGUUAAAAUUAAACUUUCAGGUUUUUUUCUAAAUCACAGAAAAUAAGCAGAUUUAAUUAUCAAUUUAAUUUUUACUUUGUGCUUAUUCUGUAACAAAUGUUCAUUGAUAUCCUUAUUUUGUUAUCAACACAAUUUUCACGAUUAUAUAUGUUAUUAGGGAUAAGCAUAUUUAAAUUUUGUAAUAUACAUAUACAGACAGAAUACAUAUAUAUUACAAGACAAAAAAGCACGUAAUUACAAGCUUAUGUAGAACUUCAA